CAGGAGCUAGGCCGCGCAGACACAGCAGAAAGAACAGAACCAGUUGCCCCAUACACCAUUGUACAAUACGGAGUCUCUAUAUAGUAUCCCUACAGCAGAGCCCGGCCAGGAUCCUGCCAAGGUACCCCUAUAUAAAAAGCUCGAACAUACCCGCACCAAAAGGACCCGAGACCAGGUGAGGUUCUCCCCCAGCGCCCUCGCUCGUCGGUGUAGCGUGCACAUCACCCAGCUCCUCCCACCGUAGCUGGCCGCCUUAUGAGCUAGCAGCUCUCGCCAGCUCGGCGCAGCGGCCGACGGGGGCGGCAGCGAGGGAGAUAGAGAUAGCGGAAGAGCAAGGGUCGGUCCGGGAGAGAGGUAGAGGUUGACCGACCGGUCGUCGAUCGGUUCAGUUGAGUGAGUGGGAGUCAUGGAGACCAUCCGGUGCUGCAUCGCGUGCAUCCUGCCGUGCGGCGCCCUGGACGUGGUGCGCAUCGUGCACUCCAACGGCCGGGUGGAGGAGAUCAGCGAGCCCGUGCUCGCCGGCGAGAUCAUGAAGGCCUACCCCAAGCACGUCAUCCGGAAGCCGCCCUCCACCUGCCCCGCCGACGGCGGCGGCGGCAUCGUCGUGCAGAAGCCCGUCAUCCUGCCGCCCAAUGCCGAGCUGCAGAAGGGCAAGAUCUACUUCCUCAUGCCGGUCAUGGCCCCGGCGCCGGACAAGCCCGCCGCCAAGCCCAAGGCGCCCGCGCCCGCUCCAACUGCGGCCGCGCCAGCGGCGAGGAGGCGGAGGAGGAGGAAGGAGUCCGGGGAGGCCGGCGGCGGCAACAACGCGGCAGCGGCGUCCCUGCAGAGCGCGGAGGGCGAGAAGGAGCGGCUACUGGCGAACGAGAGGUACCUGUCGGAGAUCAUGAAGGAGAAGGCGUCGACGGCCAGGGACCGGCGGCGCGGGCGCGUGGCCGUGUGGCGGCCGCACCUGGAGAGCAUCACCGAGGAUGACUUGUAAUCAGACAAGAAAAGUACUCCUCCAAGUGGGCCACUGAUAUUGGUGCGGAAUUGUAAAGAGAAUCUUAGAAUUCCGUGCAGCGGCCUACAUUCCAUAUUUCACUCGCCCUUUUGUCCUCGGAGAUGGAAGCGAGAGAAAGGAGAAAGUAGUGAGCAGAGCGGCGAGCUUGCAGAGCAUGCAUCUUGUUCUGAUCAUGAUGAGUGCACGAAAGUUCUGAGCGCAAGUAAUCAAUGAGUAGACCAAUGAUUGCCAGCAAGGCCCCAUCCCCCCUCCACUAGCAGAGAGAGAGAGGGAGAGAGCUUUAAGCCGUGGUGUGGUGCCAUGGGCGGACGCAUACUCGCCACCCAACCACCGUUGCAACUACUGCUAAAAACUAAAGCGACAAAGACCAAGGAGGGAGAUUAGGGUGGUGAGGAUAAACCCGAGCCUCCAAUCUAAUGGAGCUUAUGAUGCGUUAGGAGGGCCUUGCUUUUCCUUUAAUGAUUUCUCUGUUCUCUGUAUGGGUAUCGGUUAUGGUUCGCUGCUAGUAGAUAUGUUGGCUACUAGUGCUUUGGCGUU